CUUUGUUAAAUGGUGUAUGCCACUUCAAGGUUCAACUUUCCAGCCUUGGCCUAAUACCGAUGCCCGUUUGGGCCAUGCCACUCAACAGUGGCUUCAUCCAUCUCCAUCAUCAUAUCAAUAUCACCAAGACAAAAACACCGCCCAGCAACAGCCCACCACCAAACACUCAUCGUCAUGACUGCCAAACUAGGCUGUGAACUAUCGAAAUGGCAUCUUCCAAGCCUUUUUGAACCAUGUUUUCUGGGCGCGGCUGACGGAAACCUCGGCUCGACGUCAUACGUAAUGUGAUGGGGGAUUGAGUUAAAAAGACAGUAAGUCCGCCGUUGACCCAAGGUUUGGUGGACUUUCAUUACAUCAUACUUCACAAUGGCUCUUCAUCGUGUCCUCACCUUCUUGAGUCUUUGGCUAGGCCUAGCUGCUGCUGCUCAAGGCCAUCUUCACAAACGAGCUGUUUCUUCUGAACCUCUCCCACCCAGCGAGGAUCCAUGGUACACGGCUCCAGAAGGCUAUGAGAAUAAAGAGCCCGGCACUAUUCUUCGUCUACGUCCUGCACCGGGAAAUUUGACUCGCAUCACUGGAAACAGCUCUGCGACGUAUAAUAUUCUGUACCGCACUACAGACAGCCAGUACAAGCCAACAUGGGCCGUCACAACGCUCUUUGUGCCUAAGCUUGGGGCCAACAGCACUGCUGCGACCCUGUUCAACCAGAGCGCUUUGCUCUCGUACCAAGUUCCCUAUGAUUCAGCAGAUGUGGAUGCUAGCCCCAGUUACGCAGUGUACUCCGCCGAUGGCGUCAGCAGUCUCGAGCUUUUCAACGCUGCUUUAGGUCUUGGCGUGUUUCUCAGCGUUCCUGACUACGAAGGUCCUCUUGCGUCGUUCACGGCAGGUGUCAUCUCGGGCCACGCUACCCUCGACUCAAUCCGCGCUGUUCUCUCUCUCGGUCUAGGUCUGAACACAACAAACCCUCGCGUUGCCCUGUGGGGAUACUCUGGUGGCGCGUUGGCUAGUGAAUGGGCUUCUGAACUUGCUGUGCAAUAUGCGCCUGAUCUUCAAGACACAGUCGUUGGUGCUGCGCUUGGUGGCUUGACACCUAAUGUUACUGCUGUCUUGGAUGCUAUUUCCGGCAAAGACGCUGCUGGUCUUGCUCCAAGUUCCAUCCUCGGAUUGACGAGCCAGUAUCCUGACGUGCAAAAGUACGUUCUCUCGCAAUUGAAGACGUCCGGAGAAAACAACAAGACUGCCUUCCUAGCUGCCGAGAACUACACCCUCGCUGAAGCAGGCGCUGCAUUUGCGGGAGUCGAUAUAUUUGACUUUUUCAAGGACGGCGAGAAAUUAUUCCGCGAUCCUCGCGUUCAGCGCAUCGUCAACCGCGAUGGUAUAAUGGGCUACCACGGCGUUCCCCAAUGGCCCAUCUUUGCGUACCAGGGUGUACAUGACGAGAUCAGCCCUAUUGCCAACACAGAUAAGCUCAUUGAGCGAUACUGUGAUGUAGGGGCUAAUAUCUUGUAUCAACGAAAUACUGUUGGUACGCACUCGCAGAACUUCGUGCUUAAUGCUGCUACGGCUAUUCAGUGGUUAGCUACUGUUUUGACGGGGCAGUAUGACAAGGCGUACAAGACGGAGGGAUGCACUAUCCAGAAUGUCACGAGGAAUAGUACUGCUCUUCCGUUGAGGAAGAGAGGUAUGCCUAUGAGGGUUUAUGAUUUGUGGUAAUGGGCUAUGAGAAGUUAUGAUGCUUGGGUCUGGUGCUGAUAUGACGGUGUUCUGGGUCGAGAUCGAUUGCUUGCUCUACAUAAUGUCGUAUAAUAUUCUAUCAGUACAUACUAAUGCUAUUUCUAUUUUGGGGACUUUCUAUA